CAAGACCAAAUUUUAUUCUUCCAACAAGGUACUCUUCCAUGCUUUUCUAUGGACGGAAAAUUAAUGUUGCAAGAAAAAAAUUUGAUAGCUACUGCACCAAAUGGUAAUGGAGGAGUGUACCAGGCUUUGGCAAAAUAUGGAAUGUUAGAUCAUAUGAAGGAGAGAGGAAUCAAAUAUAUUCAUUCAUAUUGUGUCGAUAACAUACUUGUUAAGGUUGGAGAUCCAAAAUUUGUUGGACAUUGCGUAAAGAAUUGUGUAGAUUUUGGAACUAAGGUUGUUCCAAAAAGAGAGCCUCAUGAAAAAGUUGGCGUUUUUGCUUUGAGAAAUGGAAAAUACCAUGUUGUGGAAUACAGUGAAAUUACAAAGGAAAUGGCUGAAAGUGUUGAUCAAACAACUGGACAACUUUCAUUCAAUGCUGGAAAUAUUGUUAACUUUUUCUAUACUUUGGACUUUUUAGAAAAAUGUGCUCAAAUUUUAAAUACACACAAACUCUAUCACAUUGCAAAGAAGGAUAUCGAAUCUAUUGAUAUCAAUUCAGGAGAAAAGAAGAAACAAGCAGGUGUAAAGCUUGAAUUGUUCAAUUUUGACAUUGUUGAAUUUGCCAACUCUAUUACAAUUUUCCAAGUAGAAAGAGAAUCUGAAUUUUCCCCUCUCAAAAACGCUCCUAAUCAAAACAAUAGUGAUUCACCAGAGACCUGUAGAAAGGAUGUAUCCGUGCUCCACACCAAGUACCUUGAAAGAGCAGGAGCAAACAUUAUUGGAGAUUGCAAGAAGGAAUUGUGUGAAAUUUCUCCUCUUGUGUCUUUUGCUGGAGAAAAUUUAGAAAAUUACAAAGGAAAAUCAAUUACCUUGCCAUUUCAUUUGCAAUAA